AUGAGCCCCGAUGUUGCCUGCCCAGAGGCGCAGACGCCCGAGUUCAUCCUUCCACGCCCGCAGUGGCACUGCACUCUGACUCUGAAUGAAGGGACCGGAAGUGAUCAGCUCGUUGAGUUCCUUGAGACAAGCCCGGGUCAGGAUGAAUCAAAUGUCUUUGUCCCUUCUGCUUCCCCUUGCCUCUCGUCCAAUCCCAUUGGACGAGAGGCAGAGGGCCUAUUCAGAGCCAUUGUCGGCAGUCCUUACUGGAGCUGUCGGUGCCAGAGCUCCCACCGCGCCCAUCUACAGCUCCAAUCCAACCCCCUCGCCGAGACCCCGAAAGUGGGCAAGACAGGGACCUACCGGAUAACCUUUUCCAACUCAGACAACGGUUCAAAGAACUCGUGGACAUGUAGAGAGGUCGAAUUUGAGCCGUACACCUUUGAUCAACCUUUGGCACCAGUCACCAACCAUGCCCUACCGACACAUAGGUCAAACCAACAAAAGCCGCAAAAGCCUAAGGUUCGCUUCGAAACAGUAGAAGUGGAUUUUAAUGAGUCAAAGGAGAAGUCUUGCAAUGUCCCUCCCAUCGCAGACUUCUGUACUGUACUGUGUCGCGGUAGGGCGCACACACAACCGCCGACACAGGCCGUGGGCUUCAUUACCGAUCAAGUGAGCUCGAAUGUUCGGUACAAUAUGCACUUCAUCAAAUGCUACCCAGAACCCAUUCAGCUUCAGACACUACAGCAAGCAUUGCCAAACAGUAGUAGACGCCAUCGGCUGUAUAUCGCCGCCGGUCUUGCGUGCGGAGUGCUCCAAUAUCACGGCAACUGGUUGAAGAAAUACUGGGACAGUUCUGACAUCCAAUUACCUACAGAUGAUGAUAAUAAUGACGAUGCAACCGAUGACGUUCUACCAAGCGAUCUCUACCUUCCCUGGUCCCUAAAUGCCCAGCAUUCUCCAUCAGCACCUACGGAUAUCAAAUAUACUCAACAAUCCCCACUCGUCCGCAAUCAAGUCCUCUUCCCACUCGGCAUAGCUCUGACCGAACUCUCCCUGGGAAAAUCUAUCACCUCUCUCCGACGACCACAGGAUGAGCAAGGAAACGAAGACUCAACCCGGUUCAUCACGGCAUUCCGCGUCCUCAACAGAGUGCAGCAGGAAAGUGGCUCAAACUACAAAGACGCCGUACAUAACUGUCUUUGCUGGUUGGACGUCGAUUCGCCUUGUUUGGAGGAUGAGAAGUUUCAGGGUCGUGUGUUUAAUGCUGUCGUUGCUCCAUUACUUAGGGACUUGGCGCACUUUGAAGGAGUAGGUGUGCUAUGA